GGAUUCAUUUGCACCAUGACCUCUGUCUCCGAGCUCCCCUGCAUCUACUCUGCCCUCAUCCUUCACGAUGAUGAAGUGACAGUCAGGGAGGAUAAGACCAAUGCCCUCAUUAAAGCAGCAGGUGUAAAUGUUGAGCCAUUCUGGCCAGGCUUGUUUGCAAAGGCUCUGGCCAAUGUCAACAUCCGGAGCCUCAUAUGCAAUGUGGGGGCUUGUGGACCUGGCCCAGCAGCUGGUGCUGCACCAGCAAGAGGUUCUGUCUCAGCCACCAUUGCUGCCCCAGCUGAGGAGAAGAAAGCAGAAGCGAGAAAAGAAUCUGAGGAGUCUGAUGAUGAUAUGGGCUUUGGU